CUAUAUUUUACAGAAUAUUCACAGUAAGGAAUGUAAUGGUGAAUGAAGCUCUGUGUUGAAUCGGAAUCAAAAUCGCAGAGAAAAACGGCAAUGACACCUGGGAGUGACGGAGAGUAACAAAAAGUCAAACCCCCCUCUUUUAUUCCCCUUAUUGGUCAAUCGCGUUGACCAAUGGGCAGCUGGUUGGAGGAAGCGAACUCACAGCCGGGGACACGUGCGCUCUGCGUAUACAUAGGAGGUGAGGAGGAAGAGCGUGCGUUCUGCGUUGGCCAAUCAGAAUGUGUGCUGCGUAUUUCGCUUUAUGCAAUGAACCCGAGAAUGUGCGAACAGAGGCGACCCCCGUGUGUUUUGUGAGAUUUUAGUGGGUACUAGUCGUGAUCUCCCAUCUUUUCAUAAAACAAUACCGCGCAGCCGAUUGCCGUUCUCACCUCUCUGUCUGUCGCCAUCCCACGCGCAUCCGUGCAUCUCCGCGUCUCUGGUGCUAUCAAGACCUCAAAAGACAGAAAACACCUCUACAAUCCAGCGAGAAGACUUACAGAAACUACACAAUUUUUCCUGACAAUUUUCACGUUGUUAAUAUUCUUUCUGGACUGAAACAGGGGUGAAAAACAAUGCUCUCCUUUGCUUGGAAAAAACCAUCAAUGAUUCGCGUCUGUAGUCCCAGCAGCCCCACCUAGUGUUGGAAUAUUGCAACUGCAUUCUUUUUGAGAUUUGUGUGAAAAUCGAUCAAUCUGCCAGCAUCUUGUUCCUUUAUUAUGAGUGAUGAUAAUUCCGACUCGGCCCCUGGCAGUGACAUGAGGGGUGGUAUGGGCGGGGCCGAGGAGUUGUCCGGGCAACAGGCUCCUUGCUCAGAGCUGAUUGGAGGACCCUCUCUGGAGGCCAAGUCCGCGGGGGCGUCUCCGGGGGCGACGGGGGCCCUCCGCUCCCCCAGGGACAGGCGGGCGCCCAACUCGGACGACACGGACGGCCUGUCGAGCGGCAACGACUCCGGGGAGAGGGAGAGCGAGGGCGGGGGGCGGCGGCAGUCCACGCGAAGCUCCUCCCACAGCUCGUCCAGCCACAACGGCAAGGACUCGGCCAUGAUCCUGGAGACCACUGAGAGCAACAAGAGGUGAGCGU